AUGCAACUGGGCCUUUGGCUUAGUUUUGCCUCUGUCUGUGUAUAUAUUCUUUGUAUAUAUAUUUAUUAUUUUAAUUGGAAUCGCGAAAUUUCAUAUCAGCAAUACUGGAUCAAAAAGGUGGGAACACAACAAAAUAGAACGCUAGUCAUGGUGCAACACUGGAUUAGUGGCGGUAGGCAUCUCCACAACAGUGGCAACGACGGUGAAGAUGACGACAGCGAAUUCGCAAACUCGAUGGAUUCCGGAAUGACCAUACCGUCCUUCAGGGACUCCCUGACCACAAGAUCAUCGCAAAACGAUCCUUUGAAGCCUGCCAUAGUCAACGACUCCAGUAAGGUCAAGCAUUUGGAAAAGGAGCUGACCAGCGCUAAGAUCAAGAUCCAGGUGCUGUAUGAAUACAUCCGCAAAAUUUCCAGCAAGGAUGCUAGUUUGCCGUCGAUGAUCAACGACAAUGAACUCAAGAAUUCCACAAUCGAGGGCCUGAAUGCCGAGAUCAAUAGUUUGAAACAGACCCUACACACAAGGGAGGUCGAGUAUCAAGACACGCUGCAGUUCGUGCAGGAAAAUUUGGAAAAUUCAGAAACUAUCGUCAACACAAUCAACAAUCUACUAUCCUUUAUAUUAUCCCAUUUCAACGGCGACGACGAUGAUGCCCAUAUUCUUGAUGAUGAGGAGAGAGGGGUUUUGGACGAGACUCUACAAUUGAGCUCAGACUAUGUGCUAGAGAAAAUGGACACUCUAUCUAAAUUCGUUAUCAAGUUCUUGGAAGACUUCUUGCAGGGAGCUCGAACGCAGCCUGAGGAGAAGGUCACUUCACUGGCUCAAUCUUCACCUGCGGGAUCACACCUCGAAGAUCACUCACUGUCUAGUAAAGAAAACCUGGAUGAAAAGGCACAUGAGGAAAAUAACAAUAUUGACGCCGAAAAUGUAAUGGCAAAUAGUACGUCUUUACCUAUAUUAAAUAGCGAAUCCCGGUUUGAGAAAACCUUGGACACUCAGUUAGAGAUUGUCAUUGAAAACCUACACAAGGAAUAUGACCAGUUUAUUAAUUCUAUCAGAUUGAAAUUUGAAAAAUCGCAAAAGUUGGAAAAGCUAUUAGCGUCCAAACUAAAUGAACAAUCCCUUUUACUAGAUUCCUUAGAAUUGAAGGAAAAUUCGAAUGCUACCAUGGAGAAACAAGACUUCUUGAUAUCUCAAUUAAAGCAGAAAAUACACUCACAAUCUGUAAUGAUGGAGGAGUUUGAACACAUGAAGGAAAAUUUCAAUAGAAUGGAACAAAAUGAGAAAAUAUUGACCAAAGAAUUGGAAACCCUUACGAAAAUCAACAAAUUAAAGGAAAACAACUGGGAUAAUUACAUCAAUGAUCUGGAAAAGCAAAUAAACGAUCUUCAAAUCGACAAGUCUGAGGAAUUCGAGAUAGUACAAAGUCAAUUAGACAAAUUGGAUUUAGAAAAUUAUGAAUUGAAAAACCGGAUAAAUACUCUGGAUGGUCAAAAUCUGGUGCUAUCACAAUAUGAAACAAAUUUCAUCAAAUUCAAUCAGAAUCUUUUAUUACACCUUAAUAACGUUUUCCAUAUUCUACAGAAAAUCUUACAAGAAAGCUCCAUCAUACAAUUUGACAAAAAAAUGAAAUCAAUAAACUCAAUACCAAAUGCAUUGAAAAAUUUGAACGUAAUUCAACCAAAACUAGAAUCGUUGUACACAUUCAUAGAGACCGCCUUAGAGUCCAUAAUAGAUUCCUACAUCUCCUCAUUAAUAGCCACGGGUUCUUCAGAACAACAACAGAGCAAUGAAGUAAUAGCAACCCCAAAUAAAGAAUUGAACCUACGAAUAGAAGAGCUACAAAGAAGAUGGAUUUCCGAAAGAGAAAGACGGAAAUUAGAUGCAAACGCUUCAGAAGCUCGAAUCAGAGCUUUAGAACAAGAAAACGAGUCAUUAAGAUCGAAGCUUUUUAAAUUAUCAAUUAAUAAUUCUUAA